CCGGUGAGGAGGUCUGUCCCCUCUGUCGGUGCCACCCAUCUCACCGGCGACACGUCACAUGGAACCGAAUACAGUUCUUUGUCCCCGGCAUUUUAUACGUGCACAAUUGUGACUUGUUCAUUUUUCAUUCAUUAAUGACCAAGCGUCUCGAUGGACACAACUGAAGUAAGUGCACGAGUUUAUUGUGUCAAGUUUUUCUUUUUCCGGCUAAACGUGGACCAGCGUUUAUUCAGUGCUUUGGAGAUGUUGAGAAGCUUUUGAAGAACAAUGGACGUUUUUUUUUAAGCGUUUGGAAGGUGUGUAAUUAUUCGCUCGCAACGCAGUCUAAAACCAGUGGACUGCUGGAUAACAUUACGUGGGCGUUUGUUCUUUCAGCACUGUCAGACUGGACCUUCCAGACAUUUUUGGCUACAACUACAUGAUAAUUACCUGAGACUAUAGUUUCCUCGCUCUUCAUUGUCAGUUGCCUCUGUGGAGAAAUGUGGCCCAGAUUCUCGCUGCUUAUUUUUUGCUGUGCUGUAAGUGGUCUUGAUGCUCUGGAGGCGGACAGCAGCGUUGACCCCUCGCGGGGGAAGAUGCUGGGGACCGAGGCAGCAGAGCUGGGUAAACCGGACAAGGAUGCUCCCCCCGCGGAGAAAGUGGAUGACAGUCUGCAGCUGCCCCCGGGGACAGACGCUCCUGUUGUGGGUGCGGAGGGGAGAGCUCAGCAGCCCACCGCCGAGCCUCUGGAAGAGGAGAUGGAUAACCAAGAGAAUGUUAUCAGCCAGUUGCUUGGCGAUUACGACAAAGUAAAGACCGUGUCCUCAGGGUCUGACUGUGUGUGUCGUUGUAUUGUUCGACCAAUCAAACGCGCUGACUGCAGCCGUAUCCAUGACAGUGACCUGGCAUCACCGCAACAGGAUUUUUACACUGUGGAGACUGUUACUAAGGGAACAGACUGCAAGAAGUGUGUGUGCAUGGCUCCACCUUCAGCUGUCAACCCCUGCGAAGGAGAGUACAGGUUUAAAAAACUACAAGAGGCCAGCAAAGAUGACAUUAAGCUGGCGACCAUUAUUGACUUGCUGGAGGGCUCUCUGUAUGGAAUGGACUUGUUAAAGAUCAACUCUGUCACCACCAAACUACUGACCAGGGUGGACAACAUAGAGAAGGCUAUUGCCCGUAAUCUUACAGAGAGAGCACGAGAGAAGGAACGUGUGAAGGAAAGAGCAAAAGAAAAAGAGAAAGAGAAGAAGGCCCAGCAGAAAAAAAAGAAAGUGAAUGAUUUGGAGCGUGCAGGACAGAAAAGUGGGGCAGCUGCCUAUGCCAACAAGCAGAAGAAUUAUGAGGGUCAACUGAAGAAGAACCAACAGCAAGAUGGUCUGGAACAACCACAGCCAACCAGGAAUAAGACAGGAACUCAAAAGCCAAUCAAAGACAAGACAGAGCCAACACAGCCAAUCAAAGACAAGACAGAUCCAAAGCAGCCAGUCAAAGACAAGACGGAUCAAAAGCAGCAAAUCAAAGACAAGACGUAUCAAAAGCAGCCAAUUAAAGACAAGACAGAACCAAAGAAGACCAACAAAGACAAGACAGCUCCAACACAGCCAAUCAAAGACAAGACAGAGCCAACGCAGCCAAUCAAAGAAAAGACAGAGCAAACGCAGCCAAUCAAAGACAAGGCAGAGCCAACGCAGCCAUUCAAAGACAAGACAGAGCCAACACAGCCAUUUCAAGACACGACAGAGCCAACACAGCCAUUUCAAGACAAGAUAGAGCCAACACAGCCAAUCCAAGACAAAACAGAGCCAACUCAGCCAUUCAAAGACAAGACAGAGCCAACACAGCCAUUUCAAGACAAGAUAGAGCCAACACAGCCAAUCAAAGAUAAGACAGAGCCAAAGCAGCCACUCAAAGACAAGGCCAGCAUGGUCAUCAGGGGCGUGACCUUUUACAAGGCAGAGGUGGAGACCUUCAAAGAGGAGGAGGAGGAGCUGGAUGACAAAGAGGAAGUAAAAAAUACAACUCCACCCACCACCAAGAGUCCAGGACCUUCAACCACUGUAAGCACACAGCUAGACUUUCAGGACCUGUCCAGGAGGCCGAGCAGGCCUGCACCCACCCAGCAACCAACAGCUCCCCCAACUACCACCCAACAAACCACAACUACAACCACUCCAAUUCCCACCACCACCAUCAAACCAACAACUGAAUUAACUACUAACAUACCACCAACGACUUCACAACCAACAACAACCAAACUGACAACUACUUCCCAACAAACUACUAUUCAGCCAACCCAGCAUGUCAAUCAGCCCACCACUUUACCCUCAGAUACCACUAUAGGUCCGCUCAUUGCUGCGUCUCCCACAACAGAGUCUCGGCGAGGAUUCAAAAGUCGUCUCGUCUGGACGGAGAGCCCCGCUGACCAACCAAAGACCACAAAAAAGCCUGCAGUGUGUAAGGAUACAGUGGCCAGCAUCUCUGAACCAGUCCAGCAGAACUCCUAUGGCAAUAGAGAUGGAGCCUGGAUGAAAGAUGCUCGCGGCCACGGCAACGUCAUCUACCUUACUAAUGGUCACUAUGGCAACAAUCUCUUGGAGUUCAGAGACAUGGACACCUUCAAAUCAGGUCAGGCGAGUAAUUCAUACAAGCUGCCCUACAGUUUCACUGGAACAGGCCAUGUCGUGUUUAGUGGAGCUUUCUACUACAACCGUGCCUUCAGCAGGGACAUCAUCAGAUAUGACCUGAGACACAGAUAUGUAGCCGCCUGGACCACGCUACAUGAUGCUUUACUGGAGGAGCAAGCUCACAGGACACAUACUGAUGUGGAGUUUGCUGUUGAUGAGUCUGGCCUGUGGCUGCUUUAUCCUGCUCUGGACACUGAGGGCUUCCACCAGGAAGUUAUCCUGCUUAUCCACCUCCGUCCUCGGGACCUGCAGCCUAUACAGACCUUCCGCACAGGUCUUCGGCGUGGUCGCUAUGGAAACAGCUUCCUGGUUUGUGGCGUGCUUUAUGCAGUGGACAGUAUGGAGCGCCACUAUGCUAAUGUGACAUAUGCCUUUGACACACACACGCUCACACACACAGUGCCGAGCCUGGCAUUCACAAAUGUGCACGCACACACCUCUCAAGUGGCUUAUAGCCCACUAGACAAGAAACUGUAUGCGUGGGACAACAGUCAUCAGAUGACAUAUGAUGUCAUCUUCGCUUAUUAGCACAACAAACGGACAUCGAAGAUGGAAGAAAUUAAUUGAAGAUGGAAGAAAAAAAAUUUGGCUAGACUGAAAAUUUAGCAUAUCCAGCAAGGAGGUUCAAACAAAGCUGAGGACAGAGAAGAUAAUAACUGCACAGAUAUUUUAUCAAUGUUUUGUUUCUAACUGACUGUGGAUCAGUCUAACUGAAUGUGUUUUAUAUUGACCUCAGCUGCUGCUUUGUCACACAUGCCAAAGUCAGUAUUAUACAGCACGAGCAGCUCUUAACUCACAAGAAGUCAGAAAACAAGUGGAAGUAUUCACAUUUGGAAAAAGACAAAAUCCCAGGGGUCAUAUGAAUGAAUGUAAAUAACUGUAUUCACAUCUUUCUCUAUUUCUCCAGAUGGAAAGUUUCCUUUCAUUUAAAAAGUAUCUAUAUCAUUCCCUCUGCAUAUUCAGACUGUGAUGGAGAAAUCACUGUGGAAAUGAGCAUGCAUGAGUGCGCAGCUGUCCACUGCCAUAUCUAACCACACUCAAACGGUUCUAAAAAUGCUAUUAAUUACACUGUUCCUCCCAUUCUUUAAGAACAUGUGCCUCCAGCAGUUUGUGGACAAAUACACCCCCAAUUCCAAAAAAGAUGGGACAUUGUGUAAAUGUAAAUAAAAACAGAAUGCAAUGAUUUGUAAAUAAUUUUCAACUUAUAUUCAGUUGAAUAGAGUCCAAAGACAAGAUAUCUAAUGUUCAAACUGAUACAAUUUAAUGUUUCUGGUAAAUACUCACUCAUUCUGAAUUUGAUGCCUGCAACACGUUAAAAAAAAAGUUGGGACAGGGGCAACAAAAGGGGCAUCCUUGAAAGGCCCAGUUGUUCACAAGGAAGAAUGGUCACUUUUUGAAACUGUGUGGGCAAAUAGGCCAAUAGUUUAAGAACAAAGUUUCUCAAUGCACAAUUGCAGGAAUUUAUGGAUUUCACCAUCUACAAUCAAUAACAUCAUCAAAAGAUUCAGAAAAUAAGGAGAUAUCUCUGCGCAUUAGGGGCAAGGCUAAAAAUCAACAUUGAAUGCCCGUGACCUGUGACCCCUCAGGCUGCACUGCAUUAAAAACUAAUGUGAUUUUAUAAAGGAUAUAACUGCAUGGGCCCAGGAACAUUUUUGAAAACCAUUAUCGGUAAACACAGUCUGUCUCUGCAUCUACAAAUGCAAGUAAACAAACACACGCAAAGUGAACGCUACAUAUCAACAACAUCAAGAAACAACGGCAACUUCUCUGGACCUGAGCUCAUCUGAGGAGGACUGACACAAAGUGGAAAAGUGUGCUGUGGUCUGACAAGUCCAUCAUGGACGUCAUGUCCUCCAGGCCAAAGAGAAAAAAAGGACUAUCCAGACUAUGACCUGAACCAAGUUCAAAGCCAGCAACUGUGAUGAUAUGGAGGUGUAUUAGUGCCAUGAUGUCAUGGUUAACUUGCAUAUCUGUGAGGGCACCAUGAAUGCUGAAAGGAACAUACAGGUUUUGGAGCAACACAUGCUGCCACCCAGAUGACGUCUUUUUCAAGGACGUCCGUGCUUAUUCCAGCAAGACGAUGAGACACAUUCUGCACGUGUUCCAAUAGCAUGGCUUUAUAAUAAAUGAGUGCAGGUACUAGACUUACCUGCCUACAUACAAGAGAAACCACAAACUGUUGAGCAACUGAAGUCGUAUUUCAAGCAGAAUUGGAAGAAUUUCACUUUAAAAACUUUAACUGUUAGUGUCCUCAGUUCCUAAAUGAAUGUUGUUAAAGAAAAGGUGAUGUCACACUGUGCUAAACAUGCCCCUAUCCCAAUGUUUGAACUUUAAAUAUCUUGUCUUUCGAUUGUAUUCAAUUGAAUAUAGGUGAGAAAAGUCUUGCAAAUCAUUGCAUUCUGUUGUUAUUUACCUUUAUGCAACAUCUCAACAUCUUUUGGAAUUGGGAUUGUAAAUACUCUUUAACAUCAAGUUUAUUUUUCAUGAAUGAUAAUCACUAUGGAAGACUGUUCUCCAUAAUUACGUACAUACUUAAAUUUAAGAUCAAAAAACAACAACAACAAAAAAAACAAAAAGGCAAUGCCCAUCAAAGCUUUCUAUCUCUAAACAAAGAUCAGGGUUUGGUUUCUGUUAUGACCCUUCAGUGAAGAGUUCAGUGCUUGGCAAAAGGGAAUAUUAAUAUCAUGUAAAGUGGGAUUGUCUAGUCUGUAUAAAUAAGUGAUUUUAAUUCUUUUUAAAAGGAAACUUUGCAGAGUUUAGAAGGGAGCGCUGAAAACAGUUUUGUCUGGGGGAAUGACAUGUUUAUGAUGUCAUCAAGGUUAUUGUCACAGCUUUAAGACUACGAUGUAUGGGCCUGUGUUCUUUUUAACUCCAAGGUCCACUUACUAAUUUGUCUCUAACUUCCAUACUUGAAUGGUGGUGUGAGGUCAGAAAGACUUGGGCAAUGACCAGUCAGGGAGAGUUGCAUGAAAAGUUGCCAUUGGUAGCAUUGUGGGAUAUGCAGGAUCCAGUGAUUUGGGGACUAAAUGUCAAGAUAAGUUGACCUUUGCUGCAUCAGAUUUGAUAUUUUUUAAUUCUGUUUCUUAUGAAUCACCUUACUUUAUGAAAUUAAACAGUGAAAUGUGGAGUUUCCCUUUAAGACAUCCAUGAAGGAACCCUGGACUUAUCUUGCUGUUUUGUGUUAAUUCAUUAAUCAUGUAUUCACAACAUCAAGUCACAUAUAAGGCUUAUGCCUCCAAAGAUCAGCAGCUUUGCAUAUCCUCUGGUCAAUAAGCUACUGUAUUGGUGCUAAGUCAGAAGUAUAACAUCAUAAAAAACAGACUUGUGUCUAAUAUGCAAUGUUUAAUUCCAGAGAGUAAAAACUGAUUCUGAUAAUGACAUAAGAUACAAAUACUCUAUACUGUGUUGCAUCUAAUGUCAGUGUAAUGCCUUUAUUUUCAGGAUGUAAUGAAGCAGCAGCCUAUUUUUCAUAUCGUCAACAUUUAUACUGUAUGUUUUUUUGCAUAUUACCUUCACUCCUGUCCAGUAGUGUUCUAAUCAUAAAGUUUUAGUACAGUGGGUACGGGAAUGGAAACUUUCACACUGGUACAGUUAGUGCUUCUUCUGCCAUUGAAGUUCAUUCAUUUAAAACAAUUUUCAAACCAGCACAUGAUCCACACUGCUCUGCUUGUUGAAGAAAAUCCCAUGACAAUGUUGAUUUCAGCUGCUUUACGACAAGUUUGCCUUUCUGUUU